GAUUUUCGAACCAACACAUUUAUCAAUCAACUCUAGAGCAUACAGUUGUUAGCACGCCAAUGCUAUACAGUCAAUGGACGCAUUUAACUGAGCGGUUCCAGCUCUUACCCAGAGGGAGAAGCUGGGAAGCCAUGGUGAAGAGUAUCGUUUCGGUGUUGAGAAGUAAUUGAAACACUCCCAAACUCCGUUCGAAGCACAGAUAUAGUUGGAGAAAUGAAGGCAAGAGUAUUUCAGCAUAGAAAUCAAGCCACUUGCAUUUACUAUACUCCUAAUUGGCGGCGCUUCUCUGCGGGAUCUGGCCUGUUGAUGAUGGUGGUGCAUUACGGAUCUAACCGCUUUGAGAAUAGUUAACUUAACUAGCUAUGUCAACUCCGACAGCCCGAUGCGGCGAACGGAAAUUUCUCUUCAGACAAAGGAGAAGCAUCCAUCGCCAACAUUAGUUCCAGUUCAUUGGACCUGUUCUGUAUCGUGUUCUGAUGGUGGAGGGAGUAUCGUUAAUGGCUGCCCUUGACUAAUCAGCCAGAUUACAUUCGUUCAUAUCUAUCAUGCCUCCUCGUUCGUUUGGAUAAUGUUGUCUCCAGCCCUGCUACCACAUGGGCUAAGACAAUGCUCUUCGGCAACAUGCUCAGGCUGGCGUAUUCCGUCAGAAGGGAAUCGCAAGUCCAAAAAUGAUCAUUUGCGGUUUCGUUUGGGCAGCGGAUGGCCAAGCCGCAAUUAUUGCCAUUCCUCCAACGUGACCUACGUCAUAUCAAGAAAUCGGAAACUUCGAACACUCUCCCCAUGGCGUGGAGCACGACUGAUGUAUACGCCAUGGCGAGCUUUCUCUGACACAUCUAUAAACUAUGCUGCCCGGAAGCCCCCUCCAAGUCCCAAGCCCCUCGCGCCCAAGCCCCUCGCACCGAAACCCCUCGCGCCCAAGCCAUUGUUCGGGGCGCAAACUCCGCAAACACCGGCCGUUGUCAAGCUGAAAGGUCGGGUACGUGUACCGCAGGAUCCGCGUGCUAUAUUGGCGCAAACCCUUGCUCCCUUAAUCACCGUUCCCGAGCCACAAGAUGAACCGCCCUUGGAACAGCGCAUCCUCCAGCAUCGCAAAACCCAUGCUAUAAAUCCAGAGCUUCUGGGCUCGACAAUUGGCACGCUAUGGGAUCAGGUAGAAUUCGAAGAAGACUACAGCGAGCGCCUACAAUUGUUGGAUGCGCAGAUCGCUGCUGCAGCUGCAGCGCAGGAUUCUCGACCACUUGAAAUCCCUACCUUCAUACCAUCACCGCCGGAUCUUGAAAUCGAUAUAGCUACUUCCGUAGAUAUGCCGAAGCUCGAGCCUAUUGAAGUGCGGGAGGUCGAACUAGUCGAUCGCCGACGGCACAUCAAGCGAUUGGUAAAGCGUGUACGGGCGCUCGAGAGUCGCUUUGUCGAUAUAAGAUAUAAUAUUAUCAUGCAUGACAUAGCAGUGACGAGUUUCUUAGACACGGUGUUGAAAAGGUUAUAUCAUGACGAUAUUUACGUUGUCAGGCUGCGAGAGUUGACUCGCUUUUGGAAUUCAAUCGAAGUGUCAGUCCGCAAACGGCGGCGAGCUUAUCUUGAUGCUCAAAGCUGGCUUCGUACGGUCCAUUCUAGGACCUUGAAGGCUAUUUCUUCAGAUCUUAAAUAUCUGGGAAAAUCACCUUGGUUACCUCAAAGAGAACAAUUGAUGUUUCUCAGGUAUGAUGGUAUAUUGGGCAUGGAUAAAAGACUCAUCGCCAUUGCAGGCCACAACUGGCGAAAGUAUUUGAGCAUCGGAUUAUACCUCUCGGAACAUGCUUCUGUCCCCAAUGCAUGGGAUUUUCAUGUCUUUUCCAUUACAACAAACGAUGCUUUUGGUCAAUACCGCAACGCGAUAAACGACACAAUCGAAGAAGCCAAUAAGACAAUCCGGGAAUUUUCGUCCAGUUCCCGGAACCACAAUCAAUCUAGGCACAAACGAUGGCUAGUCGAUAUGUUGAAGAGAAGCCGGGAGGUUCAAGCUUUAGCGAAGAGUGAUUUAAAUCUAGAUCCCGCCUCAGUUUUUGCUUACACCCUCCAGCUUUUUUACGCUACACAACCGGCGUCCAGUAUUUACUGGAAACAGUGGGAGAUCAUUGCCCCUUUCAUUACCUCGCGGAACCGCAUCCAUUCAAUCAGGAGCGCCGUGACCCAGCUUGUCAGCGUCAUAGACAUUGCUACACAGGGAGGCUAUAGAAUGCCUACCGUACUCCAACCGUCUCUGCAGAGAUGGCACAGUCAGUUCUCUCUUUUAUGGCUCGACGAAUUCAUCGUGGAACUUGAAGCAUUUAUUGAAAUCAGUUUCCUUCGUCUUCAGAGCGAAGAAAGACUUGCCCAACUUGAUUUACACAGCAGUGAAUGUCCCACUGUUGUUCUUCCAAAUCAAACCGAUAUAGAGAAAAUUCGUCACUGGGUAUCGGAACUGUCGAAAAUCACUUUUCCCGGUAACGAAUCUGGUACAGGAGACGCUGAGGUGGAUGAAUAUCAGAGAACUGAGUGGCUUCGUAUCCAGCAUGCAGUGUGGAAUAGAUUCAGAUCGAGAUCCAACACGCGCACUGUAUCUCGAUCACGGCCAUUGAGUGUGAUCAAAGCAAAAACACUGAGACGUUCUGGCAUUCGCUCAAAGCCCGUAGUGUACUCAUCCCCGCCAUCAAAACGGACAAAACUCAAACCCAAACGUUCUAGCACUAGUCCAGAGCCACCGAUAUCAAAGCUAGCUAAAAGAAAACCCAGAUCCGGCAUCAAGUCAAAGGCAAAGACGGCAAGUGCAGAUCAACCCUUGGUGACCGAGCCAACGCCAUCACUGGUCAGAAUUACCCCACCCAAGAAGCAACCUUCACGAUGGCUAGGUGGACUUUUUAACCGGGUCCCAUUUUCCAAGUAUCAUACCAAAGCUGCAGGCGGCUUUUCCGCUUCUUCCACACAUGCAUCCAACGGCCAAUCCGAAACGUCACCAUCUAAAUAUUGGAGCUAUAAUCUGAACAAAACACCAGAUGGUAAAGACAUCACUGUUCACUAUUGUACUUCCCUCCAGACGUCGGAACGGGUAGCACAGCAUUUUCUGUCCGAAACUGUUGUCGGCCUCGACCUUGAAUGGAAGGCUCAAGCCUCUACUCGUGAUGCGCUUGUAGAUAAUGUUUCUAUGAUACAGCUUGCAAGCAAGGAGCGAAUCGCCGUAUUCCACCUAGCUCUAUUUAAUCCAGCUAAUUCACCGCAGCACCUCGUCUCUCCCACUCUCAAAAGACUACUGGAAUCUCCCGAGCUUGUCAAGGUGGGCGUCGCCAUUAGGGCUGACUGUACGCGGCUAUAUAAAUUUUUGGGCCUACAGACAACCAACCUCUGCGAAGUUAGCCGCUUGCACAAAGUGGUAAAGCACCAUCUCAAUCCGAAACUCAUCAAUAAGAGAUUGGUGAAUCUCGCUGAGCAAGUUGAAGAGCAUUUAGGCUUGCCACUUGAUAAGGACCCCGAAAUUAGGUGCGGCGGAUGGUCGAAAAAGCUCAAUUACCGCCAGGUGCAAUACGUUGCAACGGAUCCUUACGCCGCCUUGCAGCUCUUCCAUGUACUCGAAGCUAAAAGACUCAAGCUGGAGCCAGUCCCACCCAGCCCGGACCAUCCAGUGAUCCCUUAUGCUGUCACAGGAUCUAUUAAGAAAAUUCACUCGAAGAACAAUUUCAGGGAGAAUGAAAAGAUCCCCGCUUUGUGCGACAGUGAAAUCAAGACAUCAAUCGCGGAAACUCAGCAGUAGCAAAGGACCGACCUUCAAAGACAAAUCAUGGGUCUCUUUCUGUCUUACUGGUAUGAGUCUAACGAUAGGAUUAGAUCUGCCUUCCUGGUUACAGCCGUCGCCGCCGCCCCUGUUCUCAAUGUUCCUACCAUCUUUUCAAAGGUCAAUGUUUCAGGCAGGUGUGACGGGAAACAACAGGCUGAGCCUCAUUGUACUAUCCGAACGACCCAUUUAUCUACACUAUUCGAAAACCAUCGAUAUAAAACAUUAAAACCACAAUCUUGAUAAAGUGCGUCCAUAUUUUUCUAUAUACGAAGCGUUCGUAUGGAAAACUGGAAUGACAUCAGCAUACACUCCCCAAAACCUUCCAAUACCUUAUUUUAAAUUUCUGUGUAUAUCUACGUUUUGUUUCCCGUUUAUAUCAAGCAUAUGCAUGGCCUCCUGCGCCACUAGGGCGCGCCGUUUCUAGUUUUACCUCUGGGGGAAUAUUCCGGGUAGUGGAAUCCCAUUUUCCAUAAUCUUCUAUGUAUUUGUACCUUACAUUUUCCUUUGGGAUCAGUUGGAUGAUUUAAAUGAUUGAUGUCCUGUUCUAUUAGUCCUGUGCUAUUAGAAAUUUUUCGGCGUUGGUCAUAUAGACAAAUAUUGCCACAUCGGUACAAAAUUUCACAAUGGGAAUGCGGGAAACAUACAUACACACCUACACACCGGCGUGUAUGGCUUAUAUUAUAUUGAUAUCAAUUCUAACAAUGGCAACUAGUCAUACAUAUGCUAUAUACGAUAUCAAUAUCCACGCUCCACAGUCAGAUCUUAAAAUAACGGGGGGCACUUCAUCCUCUCAAGGGCAAGAUUUUUGAGCCCAACGCCUCCUGCCGACAGAGCGGACACUCAGGUUUCUCUCUCACCCAGUCCCGUAUACACGUCCAGCAGAAUACAUGUCCACACGUUGUCGCACUCGGAUCUUUAAAGGAUUCUAGACAGAGGGUGCACUUCCGUUGCUGGCCGGGCGGAACCCAAGCGAGCACGGCGUUGGUGGGAUUCGCCAUAUCAUAUCGCGCCUCGCUUGCGGGUAGCGAUUGGAGGGAUGGUGGGUAGUAUAUUGCUUUGAGGGCUGUUUUCUGGUCGGAGCUUUGUUGGUUCUCCGCUGUUUCAGCUGUGAAGGAGGAGACUGUAUCCUUGACGUGCAGGAUUCCCUGCACGGCGAUUUGCAAAACGAGCAAGACGCCUAGUACCUCAUAUCCGAUUCUAGCUUCAUUAUCUUCAAUUCGUUUUGUAAAAACAUAUCGAAGGCCCCAGAUGCGUUUGGAUAUGUGGUAAUAUGCUCCAGAGAAAUAGAAGGCGGCCAGGUUAAGUGCGAAGAUUGGGGAGAGGGAGGUGAGGGAAUCAAGAUGGUCGAGGACAUAGGUUUGGAAACGAAGUGUGAGGUUAGGUUUAGAGGGCGUUUCCUGUUUGGAGGACAGUAAUGCAGCUCUUGCCUGUAAGCGGGCGACGCUGCGUUGGAGUUUUGCCCGCAGUUUCUGUCGUAGGGCGGGGAGAAGCCGCUGUAAUGCCCAUGGUAUUAGAAUGCUACUGAGGAUAUAUCCGACCCGUCGAGCCAGCGAUGGUAGUCGUAAUGAGUCAUCUUCCAGUUGUACCACGUCGCAAUACUCUUCGCCCAGUGUUCUGUUUCCGACAAGCGUUGUGAGAGAAAGGUAGAGGAGGUCAGUGAGGUUUUUGAUGGCAUCGGUAUGAGAGUGGGCGAAUCUGGCGCCACGUAGAGCGCGAAUUAUUGUGUGUGCUUGAGUUGAAAGCGUCCCGGAAAUGUACGCAUCCUUUUCAUGGCUGCGUAUAAUAUCUGGAGAUGUGGCCCAUGGGAAGAAAUGCGAGACGGGGGUAGCUGAUGGUUUUGGGUUUAUAGCCGGCGCAGCACCUGGAUCAGAAUCCAUCUCGCAAGAUGGAUAGGAUAGCUGAGGUGGGGAUAAGCCGAGCUUCAAGUGGGUUCGAUAUACCAGUUAAAAGCUCAAUAUCAUCCAAAAGUUCACAUAAUAUAAUAUACCUGUCUCGUCGUAGUCAAUUGAGAAGCGCAACGAGUGCGAGUUUGUCUGUCUAUCCAGCUUCGGUUCCGCC